AUGACGACUGUAGAUUUGAGCCAAAGUCGACAGACGGAGAUCCUAGUCGUGGCAUGGGUCAUGACAGGAGCUGCCAUACUCACAGUUGGUGUCAAGCUCUUUGCUCGCGUCAAGAUUGUUCAGGUUGUCGAUUGGGCCGACUUCUUUAUAUGCUUCUCACUGAUUCUAAGCAUCAUCGCCUCUUCGUUCGUGCACUAUGGAGUGGCACUGGGAUUUGGCCGUCAUACGGCAGCUAUUGCAGCUGAGUACGGCGUGGAACGGCUGUUCAAGACCGCCAAAUUCCAAAUGCUAGGAUACCCCUUCAACAUUGGCGCUUUCAGUUUCCCAAACAUCUCCAUCGCUAUUCUGGUGUGCCAACUGCUCGAGCCCAAUCCGCGACGAACCUUCAUCCUAUAUGGCAUGGCCAUCCUACAAGUCAUUUUCGCAGUCAUCACGAUGACCCUCGCGUUUUCGCAAUGUCGACCGACCCAAAAGUUGUGGGAGAAGACACUACCAGGAUCAUGCUGGAAUCCGAAUGUUCUCAAUUACUUUUCAUACUGGCUCUGCGCGUACACGACAUUGACCGACGUCGUUCUAGCCGUUGUGCCAGUUCGCGCGUUCUGGCAGCUUCAGAUGCCCAUUUCUACGAAGGUCGGUCUCUGUGUUAUGAUGAGUCUGACGAUGCUGUCCGCCAUUGUCACCAUUAUCAAAGGAACGUACUUACCCUUAUUCACGGAUACGACGGAUCCACUGUACAAGCCGGUCCCCUUAGUCCUCUGGGGUUUGGUCGAACAGAAUAUAGUCAUUAUAGCGGCUUGCAUUCCAACCAUACGGCCUUUCUUUCACAGGGCUUGGAAACGCGACACUAGCACUGGCAACGCAUAUUCCGCUUCCUCCGACCCUUUCGCCAACUUAUCAACGAAAGGAAGCCACACGGGACAUCGCAGGGUCGGAUCGGCGACGGAUGUGGCACUUGAGGACAUAUACAACAAGGAUGAUGCGGCAUCGCAGGAGUCACAACAGGGUAUUAUACGCACUGUUGACGUGCCUGUAGACUGGAGAGCGCGUAAGGCUCAUCGUGCGAGUGACAAAAAUGUGCUUGAGUGA